UGCACAGCAGCUUUGCCAGAUGAGCAAUCGCAGUGAGACAGAGCAGGCUCAGCGAGAAUGGCUCCGGCCUGUAUUUGGGGGCUGUACACCAGCUGGUUACUCUCCACUUCUUUUAGUUCACAUGACAUUAGCGCAGCCCCGAUGGAAUCGCCUCCCUGCCUCAUUCAGAGUGAACUGCGCAGGUUCUCGGAAGCUCCCAAACGGCUUCCUCCGUCAAAUGAGUGCAUGUUAAACUGCACGGUGCUGACCUACAUGAAGAUCCUCCGGCAGCGGAAGAGAAUGACCGUCCGUCUACACAAUUCAGUGACAGCCAGUGAGAAUGAAUACUGCUGGCCUUCCCACUUGCGCUGCCGGAAUGGAGAGCGGCUGGACAAAGCUUUUGUGUUCUUAGACACCAACAAAGAAAAACAAAAUGUGUCUGUUGGCUAUAUUCUUAAUUCUGUGAUGGCUAUGUCAGCCCAGGGUGUACACGUGACCCCACAGGUUACCAGCUCAAUAAUGAGUGAGCAGUGUGGCAUCACAUUUGAUAUGACUAAGCUUUUCAAAGCCACAGUCAGUACAUUGUGUGUGCAAGUCACCUGCCAGGACAAUACUUCCAUAUCAUGUGACUCGCUAAACAACACUCUUAAAUGUCCACCAUUCUUGGCGACAGUAUGGUCCAGGACCUAAUAACCCUUCUCAUGAAGGGCACUGGACAUUGUGUUCACAGUGAAUUAACUAUGUAGCAUUUUUCCAAAGGUUUUUGGAAUGAGGCCUAAUUGAAGACUACAGUUGGACAGAAGUUAGAACUGUGAAGUGGUUCUCAGAAGUAUUGGAGACCCCAUGUUUUAUAGAGAAAGGAUGAUCAUCUAUUUUUUUAUAUGUCUCUGUUCUGUGUAAGUCUGAAAGUUCAACAUAAGAACAUAAGAAAUAGGAGCAUGAAAAGGAUAUUUGGCUCCUUAAAUCUGUUCUGCCAUUCAGUAAGAUGAUUGCUGAUUGUAGCCAUAACUGCACUUUCCUGUCUCAAUUCCCUUGUAAAUCAUAACUGAGGGCAUCACUCAGAUCUGAAUGCUACUGAGUGUCAAGCUAAAUAGUCAAUGCAAGAUGUUAUUGAAAUAAGGUUGCCAACCCUUCCUGAAUUGUCCUAAAGUCUGCUGUUCUUAAAAAAUAAUUUCCUGGAUGUGCAAACCAAGAGAGAAAAAUGGUAAGGGUUUAAAAAAAAAAUGAAAUUGAAGCUGGGUCUGAAAGGCAUCAGCAAAAAUGAUCCAAUUAGGCAGUUCAAAGUCUGCUCUCAUUACGCUGGUGCUCCUGGAAUGGACAUAUCAGGUAACCAAUGCCAUUAGCAUGGAAGCAGAGCCAUUAUACAUAACAGUUCUUGCAUUGAAAACUUCCAGGAAUACAUCCAACCAUGGUGGCAAUCAAUAUCGAAUGCCACAUGGUUCCUGCUGCACAACUUAUUCCUUCUCACAAAUCGUUCAAUCCUUGCUCUGUUCAAAAACAGAGGUGACAGAGUCACAAAUGAAAACAGACCCUUCGGUCUAAACAGUCCACGCCAACCAUAUUCCCAAACUAAACCAGUGCCACCUGCCUGCAC